AUGGCGGACGGCACUCGGUCUCCUCCUCACCCAUUAACUCCGAGCCUCUAUUCUCUCCAUGGCCGAUCCGAGACUUAUCACCAUCAUCUCCCCAGAACUCCGCCGUCAGGUAUGAGCACUGGCAUUGAGCAUAUCGAGAUAGCCGAACAGCCACCGCCGGUGCCGCAUAUCCCUUAUGUGAUGGAAGGGUCCGACGAGGAAGGUCAACGCCCGCCUCGCUACACGCGUGAAAAUGACCCCUUUCAGCUCUCAUCGAAGAUAAAGUCGAACGCCGAGAUCGACCAGAUACAAGCAAACACUACCAGACGACGGAAAUGCCUUUCAAAUGAGCAGAAAGGACGAACCAACGCCGAUAGGAAGAGAAUACAAUCGUUCUAUAGAUCUCAAAAUGAGAAAAUCGAGCGCCUCUUAAAACCCGUCGAUGAGCAUAUCAGGCAUGCAAAGGAGUUGAACGAACAGAAUCAACUCAAGUACAAGAUUGCAGUGUAUGGUAGCUUUGCCGCCAACGUUGUCCUGUCUAUUCUACAGGUUUAUGCUGCCGUAUCCUCGGGGUCCCUGUCCCUAUUUACCACGAUGGCAGACGCCAUAUUUGACCCCAUGUCAAACCUGACUCUGCUCCUCUGCCACAAAGCUGUCAAGCGAGUUGAUGCCCGCCGAUUCCCAGCCGGAAAAGCCCGCAUCGAAACAGCUGGAAACAUCUUCUUUUGUUUCCUGAUGACUGCGGUCUCCUUUAUCCUCAUUGCUUUCUCGAUCAAGGAUCUGGUUGGAGGCAGCACUUCUGAUACAAACGACUUCCAUCUCACGGCUACUAUAUCCGUGUGUAUCGCCUUUGCUACAAAGUUGACCCUUUUCUUUUACUGCUGGGCGAUUCGCAACCAGUAUUCCCAGGUUAGAAUUCUUUGGGAAGACCAUAGAAACGACCUUUUCAUCAACGGAUUGGGUAUUUUGACCUCUGUGGGCGGAAGUAAGCUCCGGUGGUGGAUUGAUCCCUCUGGUGCCCUGUUGUUAUCCGUUCUUAUUUCAUUCUUGUGGACCAAGACUGCCUACUCCGAGUUCCAACUUCUAAUCGGAGUUACAGCUGAUACCGAGAUGCAACAACUCAUCACCUAUAUAUCCAUGACUCAUUCUCCUCUGAUCACCGCUAUUGACACUGUACGCGCAUACACUUCUGGCCCUCGUUUACUUGUGGAAGUCGACAUUGUCAUGGACAGAAAUGAGUCUUUGGAGGCUACACAUGAUGUGGCAGAGGAGCUUCAAACGAAAUUGGAAAGUCUCCCAGACGUUGAACGAGCCUACGUCCACGUUGACUAUGAAACUACACAUAAACCGGAACAUUUCCUGAAGAAGGAGCUAUAG